AUGACACCGAUCGUGACGCCUCGUGAACAGCAGGAGAAGCAGGGGGGGUUAGCCAUCGCCCUCGACGCCCACAUCCAACGGCUUGACAAACAUGGUUUCUUAUUCGGGAAAGGACUCGCAGCGUCAAUGUCACCGCUGUUGCACUCCGUUGUCUACCAGGGGUUGGGUCUGCAAUGGGGGCAAAUACGUCUCGAUUCCACCGACAUGGACCUUUUCCUGCAGCUCAUAAAACACCCAAAAUUUUAUGGGGCAUCCGUCACCAUGCCACAUAAGGUUACCAUCCUCAGCCGAUUGGAUGAGCUGACAGAGGAAUGCCGCGAGGUGGGAGCAUGCAACACACUAUUCCUCCGCCACCUUCCGGACGGCCGUCGUCUAUUCUGUGGUGCCAACACUGACGUCGUCGGUAUCCGCGAGUCCUUUAUCCAAAACGUCCCGGUUGGCUCAUCCGUCUACGAGAACCGCCCAGCUAUGGUCAUUGGCGGCGGCGGUGCCGCCCGGUCUGCCAUAUACGCCCUGCAUAAAUGGCUCGGCGCUACUCAGAUCUAUCUCGCUAGUCGUGACGACAGUGAAAUCGAGGCCAUCGUGGCCGAGUGCAAGGAGCGGUCCUAUGGCGCUCGUCUCUUAUAUGUGAAGACACCCGAGCAGGCUGAGGCGCUUGAAGCACCUGGAGCGAUCGUGGCGUGCAUCCCGGACCGGGCACCAGUGACCGAAGGUGAACAAACCCUCAAGAGAAUCACAGAGGUUAUGCUGCGGAAAGAGCGGAAAGGGGCGCUGUUGGAGAUGUGUUAUAACCCUUCGCCUUUUACGGCAUUAGGUGCCCUGGCGGAGUCGGAGGGGUGGCAGGUUAUCUUGGGGACAGAGGCCAUGAUCUGGCAAGGUAUUGAGCAGGACAAAUAUUGGACUGGCCGCGGUGCGGAUGAACUUCCAGUCACGGAAGUGAAGAAGGCGAUUGCUGCGAAGGUUAUAGAGAUUUCGAGGCCAUAG